AUGACAUAUAUUGACAAUUCGAUUUUCUUUCUCCUCCAGAUACUUUUCUUUGGAUUUGGAUGGCUUUUCUUCAUGCGCCAACUGUUUAAGGACUAUGAAGUACGUCAAUAUGUGGUACAGGUGAUCUUCUCUGUGACUUUCGCAUUUUCGUGCACCAUGUUUGAGCUCAUCAUCUUUGAAAUCUUAAAAGUAUUGAAUAGCAGUUCCCGUUAUUUUCACUGGAAAAUGAACCUGUGCGUAAUCCUUCUGAUCCUGGUGUUCAUGGUGCCUUUUUACAUUGGCUAUUUUAUUGUGAGCAACAUCCGACUAUUGCAUAGGCAGCGACUGCUCUUCUCCUGUCUCCUGUGGUUGACCUUCAUGUACUUCUUCUGGAAACUAGGAGACCCAUUUCCCAUUCUCAGCCCGAAACAUGGGAUUUUGUCCAUAGAACAGCUCAUCAGCCGGGUAGGUGUGAUCGGUGUGACUCUCAUGGCUCUUCUUUCUGGAUUUGGUGCUGUCAACUGCCCAUACACGUACAUGUCCUACUUCCUCAGAAAUGUGACUGAUGCAGAUAUCCUCGCCCUGGAACGGCGACUGCUCCAAACCAUGGACAUGAUCAUCAGCAAAAAGAAAAGGAUGGCAAUGACACGGAGAACUAUGUUCCAGAAGGGGGAGGUGCAUAACAAACCAUCAGGAUUCUGGGGAAUGAUAAAAAGUGUUACCACUUCAGCACCAGGAAGUGAAAAUCUCACUCUUAUCCAACAGGAAGUGGACGCUUUGGAAGAACUAAGCAGGCAGCUUUUUCUGGAAACAGCUGAUCUGUAUGCUACCAAGGAGAGAAUAGAAUAUUCCAAAACAUUUAAGGGAAAAUACUUCAAUUUUCUGGGUUACUUUUUCUCUAUUUACUGUGUUUGGAAAAUUUUCAUGGCAACGAUUAAUAUCGUUUUUGACCGGGUUGGGAAAACUGAUCCUGUCACAAGAGGCAUUGAGAUCACUGUGAAUUAUCUGGGGAUCCAAUUUGAUGUGAAGUUCUGGUCUCAACACAUUUCCUUCAUUCUGGUUGGAAUCAUCAUCGUUACAUCUAUCCGAGGACUGCUGAUCACUCUUACCAAGUUCUUUUAUGCCAUCUCUAGCAGUAAGUCCUCCAACGUCAUUGUCCUGCUGUUAGCCCAGAUAAUGGGCAUGUACUUUGUCUCCUCUGUGCUGCUGAUUCGAAUGAGCAUGCCUCUAGAAUAUCGUACCAUAAUCACCGAAGUCCUGGGGGAGCUACAGUUCAACUUCUAUCACCGUUGGUUUGAUGUGAUCUUCCUGGUCAGUGCUCUCUCCAGCAUACUGUUCCUCUAUUUGGCUCACAAACAGGCACCAGAGAAGCAUAUGGCACCUUGAACUCAUGCCUGUUACAGACUGCUACGGGCCAGUAGCGUCAGAAUUUGGAUUUAAGAGAAAACAAUGGAGGGGACCAGGGCCUAAUAUUUUUUAAACAAUCAAAACACUGAGGUAGCAGAUUCUACCUCCAGCUUAUGCCUUCCUCCUCAGCUGAUACUGUGAUCAUGUAGCAUUAGCUAGAACAUGAGCGUGAAGUAAACUCAAGCUAGCCCUCAGCGGAGCGCAUCCCACGUGGGUUUGAGGCUGAUGCAGCAUGGCGGAAGAGGGGUGUAAAAGAGCCAAGAAACUAGUCUGGGAGAAUACACUGGAGCCCUAGGGUAAGGGGAAGUCUGAGGUAGCUGGGCCAAACACACAG